CUUUUCUCUCGCACCACUGCUCCCAAAGAUGAGCCCUUGGACAACUAUUUAAGAACCAGAAGCAGAAGGCAUGCAGAAAAAACUGAAUGGAAUGCUACUCAAGGCACGUUACUUAGUCAAAUAUUUGAAACAAUUUUUUUCAGAUUGCACUGAAGCUUCCCCUCAGGAGUUUCUCAGUAAAGGAUAAACCAGAAAGCCACCAGGACAAGAAUAAAAGUGAAAGAAGAAAAAAGAUAUUGGAGUUAAGUCUGUGCUGCAAGAGGGGAAAACUCACCCCUCUCUCCCUCCACUCGAACACAAAAACCAUGAGGGACCGCCUCCAAGAGCUUAAACUGAGAGUUAAGGAACUACAGAUAGCUGGGGAAAACAAUAGCACAACUGUACAAGAAGAAGAACAGGAGGAGUUUGAACAGCAGGCCAUCAUUUAUGAAAAAGAGCCCAUAACUGAAAGGCACUUGCAUGAAAUCCAGAAGCUUCAGAAUGAAGUUAAUAAUUUGGUGGAUGAAGUUAAUAAAUUCAGUCAACAACAAAAAAGCCUGGUAUCUUCAAUGAGAAGAUUCAGUGUUCUUAAAAAGGAAUCUAACAUAGCAAGAGAAAUAAAAAUUCAAGCAGAGCACAUACGAAAAUAUUUGGAUGAACUGUCAAAAACUGUGAAAAAAGCUGAAAAUGAACAUGGGCCAUCAAGUGCCACAGUAAGAAUUCUAGCUUAUCAGCACGCUUUCUUAUCCCGACGUUACCUAAAUGCUAUGCUUUCAUACAAUGAUGCUAUAACUGCUAAGCAAGAGAAAUGCAGAAGAUUUAUUGUCCGUCAGCUUGAAGUAGCUGGUAAAGAGGUAUCUGAGGAAGAAGUCAACAACAUGCUCCAACAAGGAAAAUGGGAGAUUUUCAACGAAAAUCUGCUCACUGAAGUCAAAAUCACCAAAGCUCAGCUUUCGGAGAUUGAACAGAGACAGAAAGAACUAGUCAAUCUGGAGAACCAGAUCAAAGACUUAAAGGAACUUUUUAGACAGAUAUCAGUUCUGGUGGAGGAGCAAGGGGAGAUGAUCAACAACAUUGAAAUUAGUAUGAACAACACUCAGGAAUACACUCAAGUAUCUAAAGAAAAAUUUGGGCUUGCAGUCAAGUAUCGAAAAAGAAACCCUUGCAAAGCGCUGUGCUGCUGGUGUUGUCCGUGUUGCAAAUGACAAAAGACAGAAACUCUUUGAAAUACCAACGAUUCCUAUUUAGUAAAUGGAUCUUGUAAAACA